AUGGAGGAUUUAAAGAACAAGGUAGUCAUCGUGACAGGAGCAUCGUCUGGCAUCGGCCUUGCGACCGUUGAAGUUCUUCUUAAGUCAGGAGUGAACGUAUUUGGGGUCGAUCUCAGCGCUCCUCCUACGAUCUCAUCUCGGAGCUUCCAUUUCUUGCAAGCCAACUUGACCCAAGUUGAUGCUCCCGACAAGAUCGUUGAAGCCUGCUUGGCAACUUUCGGGGAUAGGAUUGACGCAUUGCUCAAUAUAGCAGGAGUUGCGGAUCAGAACAAUAGCGUUGAUACGCUCACCGAUGGGGACUGGGAUCGGAUCAUCGCAGUAAAUUUAACUGCUCCAGUGAAGCUGAUGCGUGCCGUAGUCCCAAUUAUGCUGAAGAAUGGAGGCGGGAGCAUCGUGAAUGUUGCGAGCAAAGCUGCGUUGAGUGGAGCUGUUGCUGGAGUUGCUUACACGGCAAGCAAGCAUGGUAUCGUUGGAGCAACUAAGAAUGUAGCAUGGAGAUACAAAGAUGAAGGGAUCCGAUGCAACGCGAUUUGUCCAGGAGGAGUUCAAACCAACAUUUACAAGUCCAUAGAUGUAACGAAACUGGAUAUGAAGGCCACUGGCAUUCUUCAACCAGUCCAAACUAUGAUGAUGCCUAACAACGAUUAUUCCAAGAUUGCAACUCCAGAUAAGAUAGCAAAUGUGUUGCUCUUCUUAACCUCAAAUCUCAGUUCGGAGAUGAACGGUGCCAUAAUACCAGUCGACCACGGGUGGAGCGUCAUAUGA